GUCAAAUCUUUGACACUGACAGUUGUGAUCGAGUAUCAUAUUCGCGCCGAUUAUGUUGCUCAUGUUUGGUUACUGACAGCUGCCAGCCAACAUGCAUAUAAAAGAGUACAGAAUAUGCAUGCCUCUCACAGUUGAAGAGUAUCAUAUUGGUCAGCUGUACAUGAUCACAAAACACUGUCAUGAGCAGAGUAACCAGGGCGAAGGUGUUGAGGUUGUGAAGAACGAGCCGUGCGAACAUCCAGAACAUGGGCGUGGCCAGUACACGGAGAAACGCAUUUACCUGUCCAGUCGAUUACCAAGUUGGCUGAAAUCCAUGAUUCCCAGAAUCUUCUAUGUUACAGAGAAGGCAUGGAACUUUUAUCCAUUUACUAUUACAGAAUAUACUUGUUCAUUCAUUCCAAGGUUCUCCAUUCACAUAGACACAGUUUACCAAGAUAAUACUGGCAUAUCUGAAAAUAGUUUAAAUCUGCCACCAGAGGAGCUGGAUGUGCGUGAGGUUGACAAUGUUGACAUUGUGUUCGACGCAGUGCCAGAAAAACACUACAAACCAGAAGAGGAUCUCAGAACAUUUAUAUCCAAAAAGACUGGCCGAGGCCCAAUGAAAGAAGAUUGGAAGGAGAAUACAAAACCAGUGAUGUGUUCCUAUAAGGUGGUCAAAGUGAAGUUUGAAGUCUGGGGAAUGCAGGGGAAGGUAGAGUCUUUUACUCACAAGGCUGUUAGAGAUAUCUUGUUGCUGGGACACAGACAGGCUUUUGCAUGGAUUGAUGAAUGGAUAGACAUGACAAUAGAAGACAUCCGAGAUUUUGAGAACUACAAGCAGAAAGAAACCAACGAGAAAGUAAUGGCUGGGUUUGAUAGAUCUAGCAAGGAAACAGACUCGGGUACAUCAUCGGGGUCACGGUCUUCAGAGUCAAAGUCAUCAGGAUCAAGGUCAUCGGAUUCAAGGUCAUCAGAUUCAAAUGACAGCAAAUUCAAAUGAAGACCUUUCUGCAGAAGUAUACUCCAUAUUGUUUGCAUUGUUAUCAAUUAAGUUUUGCAAAACAGUCUAUGAACAAAUCAAAACAUGAUUUUAUCAUGAUGGCAGUAUUUUCAUAUGUACCCUUUUGUGUAAAUAACUGUCAUGCAUUUAAUUGAUGAGUAAAUGAAAGUAAAGGGAUGAAUUUUUGGUGUAACCUAGAUGGGCUAACAACCAUAACUAGUUAUGUCCAGUCAUGUUUUCCACAAAAAAGAAGAAGAUUUAAUGUUUAAAAAAUGUGUUCAAAUUACAUGGCUUUGUAUCUGACUUAUGAUAUGUAUGUCUCCUAAAAUUAAGUGACACCCAAUGGCAGAUGUGUAUUUUUGUGCUGGGGUGUUGUUAAACAUUCAUUCAUUCAUUCAUUCCCAAAAUUAACUACAUUGAAAACAAGAGGAAAAUGCAAAAUAGUGGACCACAUUUUUGCAGUCAGUAAAUGGUAAACACUUGCUAACAUGUAAAGAAAGUCUAAAUGUUCUAUUUAACAACACAACACUCAACACAUUUUAACUAUGAUUAUAUGGCGUCUGACAUACGUUUACGGACCACAGAUAAUUAGAGAGGAAACCUGGUGUUGCCACUCCAUGAGCUACUAAUCAAAAAGAGUAGCCCAUGACAUGGUGGCUUUAGAAGCGAGUUUCUUCUGGCCAGAAAUGAAAAUGUGAUGAGUGCCUUGUUAAAUAAAUAGAGGAUUCAUCACGAGUAUUUUUUAAUGUGGAAAAUAUCAACCGAGUCUAUGUUAAUAGGUAUUUGUUGAGGCAUCUGCCGAGACAAAUACUGAUUAACUUCACCUACAUGUACUUUUCGUGCUUCCUAUGACUUAUACACCCGUGGCGGAUCCAGAAAAUCCAUUUAGGGGUGACAUGAGGUGGAAUGCCAAGGGAACUUUGGGAGAGGUUUGGAGGGGGAUUGUAAAAAAAAUGAAAAUUAAUAUAUAAUAAAAUUAUAACUACUGCAAAAUUUAGGGAUGGGGGGGCUGCCCCCCCCCCCCCCCCCCCCCCCGAGAUCCGCCACUGUACACCUCAAUGUUUUUAGUAGAUGUAGCCAUCUACUUUUCUCAGCUUCCUACUUUGAAAGAUAAUGAACUUCCUGUAUGCCAAGUACAACUUUCAAUCUUCCAGAUUUGUUUUGUAUCAACCGAUAGGUGCAAAUGAUCGGAGCAAGUCUUUGUUUUGCAUAUAACCUGGGUUUUUUGUUCACACAUUAAAAUUUAGGGCAUGAGUUGUAUAGUUGUAACAGGUUAUGCAAAAUGAAAUGUCUAGGAAAAUUUUCAUUUUUGUAGAAGUCGAUGGACCCUAGUUCAGAAUUGCUGCUAAAUACUUUACUUUGCUAAUAGAGGAUUUUCAGUCCCCUUCCGGUCCAACCAGAGGGGACAUAUAGUCAAAAAAAACCCAGAAAAAACAUUGCCACAAUGCCUCAAAUUAUUGAACUGAAAUUUUAUGUUUAGCUUUAUCAUUUAGAGUUACAGAUCAAGUUCGACUUUUAUGGGGAUUGGUCCAUUUUUGACAUAGUUAUUAUAUACAUGUAUUAUGUACAUGUAUGGCCUUUCAACGUAGGAGAUUUGUUGGGCCCAGUAGUGAACAUGUAUUGCUUUAGCAGUACUCUCAGAAUUGUGCAUAUAAAAAUGUUACCCUUUGUCAAAUAAUCACCUCAGUUUGACGAGUUCAUUUCCAAGAUGUGACAUAUAGAUUUUUGUAAUUUUGAGAAAAGCAUGAUUGUGUUGCAACCUGACAUACAUUUGUAGCACACGAGACACAGUUUUAAGAUUCUGUGAAAUGGGUAUAGAUCGUCAGGGUUUUUGCCAGAGGGUAAAAUGGGUAUGGUGCCAUACCCAAAUUUUUUGAAGAUUUAAUUUUUUUUAAUUAACCUUUUGACAAAAUUAAUGACUCUUUAUCAUUACUGUAUGA